GGUCAGCAUCGUGAUCGAGACUACAUCAUCAGAUUCUAUCGUGCCUGCAUAAUUGAGCCUAUAAUGCGGAGGGCUAGGAUAUCAGGCGGAGCAAGGGACGAAGGCAUCUCAUGAGAUCGAGUGGACCCAGGUUUCGACCCGAGAGCAUCCAUAUAUGCUUGUGUGUUGCGGACCAGUGACCUCUGCCUCAAUCAAUCAAUCAUGUUCACCCUCGCUCUCACCACUGCCUUUGCCCUUUUGUCGUCGUUGGUUGCUUCUCAGCCGUGUGACAUCUACGCUAUUGGCAACACCCCAUGCGUUGCUGCUCACAGUACCACUCGAGCCCUUUACUCGAAAUACAAUGGACCACUCUACGAGGUCGUUCGAGCCUCUGAUGGACAGUACCAAGUCAUCUCUACCGUUUCCGCUGGUGGUAUCGCCAAUUCUGGCGUUCAAGACUCAUUCUGCGCCGGGACCACCUGUAGCAUAUAUGCAAUCUACGAUCAAUCCGGAAAUGGCAACGAUCUCCUGCCUGCUCCUCCUGGCGGAGCGAUGAGCGGUCCAGGACCCAACGGGUACGACUUGAUGGCGAAUGCCACUAUGGCUCCCGUCUUGCUCAACGGACAGAAAGUCUAUGGCGUCUAUUCUCCGACUAAAACUGGCUACCGCAAUGACAAUACGAAAAACGUGCCAACGGGAAACAACCCUGAAGGCAUGUACUGGGUCGUCGAUGCUCAGCACUAUAAUGGAAUCUGCUGUUUCGACUACGGUAAUGCGGAGACUGAUAAUACCGAUGAUGGGGCUGGAACGAUGGAGGCACUCAACUUUGGUCUCAUGAUUGGGACCACUCACGGAGCGGGCUCUGGACCGUGGAUUCAAGCCGACUUGGAGAAUGGAAUCUUUGCUGGAAACACGCCAGGCGCUUUCAACACUCCCGCUUCGGAGAACCCCAACAACCCUACCAUCACCUCUGAAUUCGCGACCGGCAUCGUCAAAGGCGACUCGUCCAACCUCUGGGCCAUCCGAGGGGGUGAUGCUCAGUCUGGAGGUUUGACAACGUUCUACAGCGGAUCGAGACCCAGCGGGUACUACCCUAUGAACAAGAAGGGCGCCAUCAUACUUGGAAUCGGUGGAGAUAACAGUAAUAAUGCCGUAGGAACCUUUUACGAGGGUGCCAUGGUGUCUGGAUACCCUAACGAUAACAUUGAGGCGUACGUCCAGGCGGAUAUCGUUCAGAAUGCCAAAUACUCCCGGGCAAGCUAAGGAAACGGGGUCUGGUUUUAGGCAGUCGUAGAAAUCAAAAAGUCUACCCAACACAUGCAUUCAGUACUGA